AUGGAAGGUAGCAAGGUAGUAGCUAGUCAUCCAGAUCACAUCACGGACAGGGAGAAGUUAAACAACUAUACUUGGUCAAGAGCAGGGGAAGUCAAUUCAAAUAGUCUGGCAAAGGAAGCUCCAAACAACAAAGGUCUUGAUCUAGCGAGAAGUCUUAAAAUGAAAAUAAAGAGUCAAGUAAAGUCCAAAGUCGUAAGGAUCAGAUCCAUCCCGUCCAAUAGCUUCAGCGGAAUCAAAUGUGUUCCAACACCGGGGCAAAGAUCGGAUCUAGCAGUUGUGAAAGUCCCUGGUAGUUCUGAGUUCAUAGUUCCAAGGGCUCCCCGCGUUUCGAUGACCCAUGCAUAUCGAAUAGUACUUCGAAGGCCCCUCUAUUUUGAUGAUGUCCAAGUGCGCAGGCCGGAGUAA